AUGGCAGUUUCAGCUAUUGGGUUUGAAGGUUAUGAAAAAAGGCUUGAAAUAACAUUUUCUGAAGGUGGUGUGUUUGCUGACCCUGGAGGAGUUGGCCUCCGAGCAUUGUCAAGAGACCAAUUGGAUGAGUUUCUGAAACCUGCGGAGUGCACUAUUGUUUCAUCACUUUCAAACGAUUAUCUUGACUCUUAUGUUCUGUCCGAGUCAAGCCUGUUCGUCCAUCCUUACAAAAUUAUCAUAAAAACUUGCGGGACUACCAAAUUGCUUCUGUCCAUCCCUGUAAUUCUCAAGUUAGCUGAUGCUCUUGACAUUUCAGUGAAAUCUGUGAGGUACACUCGCGGAAGUUUCAUUUUUCCCGGGGCCCAGACAUUUCCUCAUCGUAGCUUUUCAGAAGAGGUUUCUGUUCUUGAUAGCUAUUUCGGCAACCUUGGUUCUGGUAGCAAAGCUUAUGCUAUGGGCGACCCUACAAAGUCGCAGUUAUGGCACAUCUACUCUGCAAGUGCACAGGAAAAAGGAUCAUCGGAAGCUGUUUAUGGCCUUGAGAUGUGUAUGACUGGUUUAGACAAGGAAAGUGCUUCUGUAUUUUUCAAAGAAAAUACACCUUCAGCAGCUUUGAUGACUAAGAAUUCUGGAAUUAGGAAUAUCCUUCCACUGUCUGAUAUAUGUGACUUUGAAUUUGACCCUUGUGGAUAUUCGAUGAAUGGAAUAGAAGGGAAUGCGAUAUCAACAAUCCAUGUAACUCCAGAAGAUGGGUUCAGUUAUGCUAGUUUCGAAGCUGUUGGUUAUAACUACGAUGACAUGGCUCUAGGUGAACUUGUGGAAAGGGUUUUAACAUGCUUCCGCCCAGCAGAGUUUUCUGUUGCUCUGCACAUUGACAUGCAUGGUGAAAAACUAGACAAAUUUCCCUUGGACGUCAUUGGAUACUACUGUGGAGAGAGGUGCACCGAAGAGCUUGGAGAAGGUGGUGCAGUUGUGUACCAAACAUUUGUUCAAGGCGAUGGUAGUGCUUCUCCCAGGUCUAUUCUGAGAUGCUGCUGGAGUGAAGAUGAAAACGAAGAUGAAUCAAGGGAGAUAUAA